AUGGCGUCCAAUCGAUUCUUCCAUUUGGUUCUCUUCUUCCUUCUGGCUGGCUUGGCCUCUUCAACCUCUAUUUCAAGUUGCCCUGUGAACUUUGAGAAUCAGAACUACACAAUAAUUACAAGCCAAUGCAAAGGACCCCAAUACAAUGCCAAAGUCUGUUGCGACGCCUUUAAGCAAUUAUCUUGCCCUUAUUCAGAGCAGAUAAAUGACCUUAAAACUGAUUGUGCUUCAACCCUGUUCAGCUACAUAAACCUCUAUGGAAAAUAUCCACCGGGACUGUUUUCCAGUUUGUGCCGUGAUGGCAAAGAUGGUCUCGAUUGUGAAGAAACUCUGAAAACCCAAGCCAAAGCUUCUGUGGAGAAAAGUGGGGCUUCAGCAAAAUAUACUCAACCCCUAAUGCUGAUGCCCACAUCUACCUUCCUGAUGCUACUAUUUAAGUUGUUCUGA